AUGUCAUCCUGGGAUCUUCUGGACGAAAAGGAGGAGGCGGAGCUUCACAAGACGCGUCUCGUCAACAUUGAAGAGAAGCCCUUCAAGCGCAUCACCAAGAGACUUGCCUCCAUCACAGCUAUCGCAAACGCCCGAACGAAGCAACAACCUACUCCCCCUCCCGAGGGCGCAAACGGCGAGAAGGAGAAGACCGAAUCUAAAGAGGAGACCACAGCCAAGGAGAUCCGCGAGAUCGACCAGAUCAAGGAAGACCUCACCCUCGACUUCGCCGCCUUCGACAGCAGCAUUGCCCGCCUGCAAUUCCUUCUCGACGCCAACGUCCGCGAGCGCGAGCGCUACCAGGCCGACCAGAAGCGCAUCCUCGAAGAAUGCCAGAACGUACGCGACAACAACACGAAGCUCCGCGAGCAGCUCGACGGCGCCAAGGCGACGCUUGCCCAGCGUAAGGAGUACGACAAGCUCGCCAACGCGCUGAUGGCUAAGGGCCUGCGGCCGCGCGGCGAGCAGGAGUCGAACCUGAAGAAGCUGGAGGAGGAGAUCCGCGACCUCGAGCGCGAGAGCGAGACGUACGGCGUGACCUGGCGCGAGCGACGCGACCAGUUCAGCAAGAUCAUGAGCGAGGGAAUGUUGCUGCGCAGACAGAUUCGCGACGAGAAGGAGGAGGUGGAGAGACGCGAGGGUAUGAACGAGGACGAGGAGGACGGCGAGGCCUCGAGGGGUGGACAGACGCCGCGCCAUGUCUCCAGCGGCAACGUCACGCCCCACCCCGACAGUGGCGCCAUACCGAGAGCUACGCCCGGCCACGACGGCCAGUCGGAGGACCACUCGGAGGGAUUGAAGCCCCGACCUGGAGGCGUCGGAAGUUUCUCGCGGUCUGGCAGCGCCGUGCCGAGUCAGGGCGGUACACCUCGUCCCCAGCCCGACGACGAUGAUGAGGUAGAGGAGGGCGAGGAUGUUGAGAUGGACGACAGGCAAGACACGCAGCUCACCUCUGGAGGCGACACGCCUCAGAUCACCGUUGAUGCACCGGAGGAAAUGGAGAUGGAUUCGUAG